AGCCAAUAUUUUCAGUUGAUAUUCACCCUGACGGGACCAAGUUCGCAACUGGAGGACAAGGACAGGAUUCUGGGAAGGUUGUGAUCUGGAAUAUGUCUCCAGUCCUCCAGGAGGAUGACGAGAAGGAUGAAAAUAUUCCCAAGAUGCUUUGCCAGAUGGACAAUCACUUAGCAUGUGUGAACUGUGUGCGGUGGUCAAACAGUGGGAUGUAUUUAGCUUCUGGGGGAGAUGACAAACUGAUUAUGGUGUGGAAGCGGGCUACGUACAUCGGCCCCAGCACUGUCUUCGGCUCCAGUGGUAAGCUUGCCAACGUGGAGCAGUGGCGAUGUGUCUCCAUCCUCCGGAGUCACUCAGGCGAUGUGAUGGACGUAGCAUGGUCUCCUCAUGACGCCUGGCUGGCUUCGUGCAGCGUGGAUAACACUGUUGUCAUCUGGAAUGCAGUGAAGUUCCCAGAAAUUCUAGCUACUCUGAGAGGUCAUUCUGGCUUGGUAAAGGGGUUGACUUGGGACCCUGUUGGUAAAUAUAUUGCCUCUCAAGCUGAUGACCGCAGCCUGAAGGUGUGGAGGACGCUGGACUGGCAGUUGGAGACCAGCAUCACCAAGCCUUUUGAUGAGUGUGGAGGGACAACCCAUGUGUUGCGGCUCAGCUGGUCACCUGAUGGACAUUACCUGGUGUCUGCCCAUGCCAUGAACAACUCCGGCCCCACCGCCCAGAUCAUCGAGCGGGAGGGCUGGAAGACCAACAUGGACUUUGUCGGACACCGGAAAGCUGUGACUGUCGUGAAAUUCAACCCAAAAAUCUUCAAAAAGAAGCAGAAGAAUGGGAGUUCUACGAAGCCCAGCUGCCCGUACUGCUGCUGUGCUGUUGGCAGCAAGGACCGUUCUCUCUCUGUCUGGCUCACGUGUCUUAAACGACCUUUGGUUGUCAUCCAUGAGCUGUUUGACAAAUCCAUCAUGGAUAUUUCCUGGACUCUGAACGGGCUGGGCAUCCUGGUGUGUUCCAUGGAUGGCUCUGUGGCAUUCCUAGACUUCUCCCAGGAUGAGCUUGGAGACCCCCUGAGCGAGGAGGAGAAGGUAGGAGAAUAUCCUCAGAAUCUUUUGAAGAAACAAGUUGAGACUCGGACAGCAGACGGUCGGAGAAGAAUCACACCUCUCUGCAUAGCACAGCUGGACACCGGGGACUUCUCCACGGCGUUCUUUAACAGCAUCCCACUCUCAGGCUCCCUGGCAGGCAGCAUGCUAUCCUCUCAUAGUAGUCCGCAGCUGCUGCCCCUGGACACCAGUACCCCCAACUCCUUCGGCACCUCAAAGCCUUCCACGGAACCUGCGGCAGCAGCCGGCACCAGGCCUGCGGGCAAUUCUGUCAAUAAGGACAGCGUGAACGCUACUUCGGCUCCUGCGGCAUCAUCCCCCUCUGUGUUAACAACCCCAUCCAAAAUUGAACCCAUGAAAGCGUUUGACUCCCGGUUCACGGAGCGGUCCAAAGCCACGCCUGGUGCUCCUGUCCUGACAAGUGUGACUCCGACGGCCGUAGAAAGGUUGAAAGAGCAGAACCUUGUGAAAGAGUUGAGGCCCCGGGACCUCCUGGAGAGCAGCAGUGACAGCGAUGAGAAGGUUCCUGUGGCCAAGUCCUCCUCCCUCUCCAAGCGAAAACUGGAGCUUGAGGUGGAAACAGUGGAGAAAAAGAAGAAAGGGCGACCUCGGAAGGACUCACGGCUCAUGCCCAUGUCUCUGUCUGUCCAGUCCCCAGCUGCUCUGACCGCAGAAAAGGACACUGUGUGUUUGUCUGUACCAGCGCCUACACUGAAGCUGCCCAUGCCGGGCCCCCAGAGAGCAUUCACCCUCCAGGUGAGCUCCGACCCCUCCAUGUACAUUGAGGUGGAGAAUGAAGUGACAGCCGUUGGGGGAGUGAAGCUGAGCCGCUUGAAGUGUAACCGGGAAGGGAAGGAGUGGGAGACGGUACUCACUAGCCGGAUCCUCACUGCUGCCGGUAGCUGUGAUGUGGUAUGUGUCGCCUGUGAAAAGAGGAUGCUGUCAGUGUUCUCCACCUGUGGUCGCCGCCUCCUCCCACCCAUCCUCCUGUCAUCCCCAAUCUCCACGUUGCAUUGCACAGGCUCCUACGUCAUGGCGCUCACUGCUGCGGCCACGUUAUCUGUCUGGGAUGUUCACAGGCAGGUGGUUGUGGUAAAAGAAGAAUCUCUACACUCUAUCCUGGCAGGAAGCGAUAUGACGGUGUCACAGAUCUUGCUUACACAGCAUGGAAUCCCAGUGAUGAACCUGUCCGAUGGAAAGGCCUACUGCUUUAAUCCGUCACUUUCUACAUGGAACCUGGUUUCUGACAAGCAAGACUCCCUGGCCCAGUGUGCGGACUUCAGGAGCAGCCUGCCUCCCCAGGACGCCAUGCUGUGCUCGGGACCCUUAGCCAUAGUCCAGGGCCGUGCCUCCACUUCAGGGAGGCAGGCGGCCCGGCUUUUCUCCGUGCCUCACGUGGUGCAGCAGGAGACGACCCUGGCCUACCUAGAAAACCAGGUGGCAGCAGCACUCACCCUGCAGUCCAGCCAUGAGUAUCGCCAUUGGCUCCUCCUCUACGCACGGUACCUUGUGAACGAAGGGUUUGAAUACCGACUCCGAGAAAUAUGCAAGGACUUACUGGGUCCGGUUCACUACUCCACUGGAAGCCAGUGGGAGUCAACGGUAGUGGGUCUACGGAAGAGGGAGCUACUGAAGGAACUGCUGCCAGUCAUCGGGCAGAACCUCCGCUUCCAGCGUCUCUUCACCGAAUGUCAGGAACAGCUCGACAUCCUAAGGGACAAGUAGCCUGCCCACAUCUGCCCCAACUACAACCAGGGCAGGGCCACCUCUCACCUUGUCGGGCUAUAGUAGGACAAGGAGACACUGGCAGGA